AUGUCUACCACCGAAGAAUUGCAAACGUUUGUUUUGAACACUCUUGAUACAAAAGGUCUGAUUGAAAACUCAAAAAAUCUUAAAGCUGAAGAUGGAAAAGAUAUUGAUCAAUUAGUUUUAUUGGGAGCUUUAAAAAGUUUAACCGAUAAAGAAAUGAUAAGAUAUGAUACCAUCGAGGAAGAAAUAUGGAUACUUACUGAAGAAGGCAAUGAAAUUGCUAAUAAUGGGAGUCAUGAAGCAAAAGUUUUUGAAACUAUCCCUGUUGGUGAUGAAGGCAUAUCUAUUAAAAAAUUACGAGAAUUACUUGGUGAAUCAGCAAAGAUUGGCCAAGGAAAGGCCUAUAAAAACAAAUGGAUUGCCAACAAAGGAGAAAAUUUAAUCAGAUCUGUAAACUCAAUUGUAGAUCAAACUAGAAAAGAUCUUGAAAUAAUUAGAUCGACAGGAACACAUCAUGAUUCCAAAGUAUUAGCAGAAUUAAAAAAAAGAAAACUAUGUGAUAAACAAAAACUUGUUUCUUAUACUGUUCAAAAAGGUUCACACUUUGCUUUAACAAUUGAAAAACAGGCUCGUGACAUAACUUUUGAAAUGCUUCAAAGUGGUGAGUGGAAAAAGGCCAACUUUAAAAAUUAUAAUUUUGAUGCUCUUGGUAUACCACCACCAGGCGGUCAUUUACAUCCUUUAAUGAAAGUUAGAGAAGAAUUUCGAAAUAUCUUUUUUGAGAUGGGAUUUGAAGAAAUGCCAACAAAUAGAUUUGUUGAAUCAUCUUUUUGGAAUUUUGAUGCACUUUUCCAGCCUCAACAACAUCCAGCUCGUGAUGCUCAUGACACCUUUUUCUUAAAAGAUCCAGAAAUCACUACAAAAUUUCCAACUGAUUAUCUUCAACGUGUCAAAGAAGUACACUCAGUUGGUGGUUAUGGAUCAAUCGGAUAUAAUUAUGAUUGGAAGAUUGAAGAAGCACAAAAAUUAAUUUUGAGAACUCAUACAACAGCAGUAUCUUCUUAUAUGUUGUAUAAUCUUGCUCAACAAAAAGAAUUUAAACCAGCUAAAUAUUUUUCAAUAGAUCGAGUCUUCAGGAAUGAAACUGUUGAUGCAACUCAUUUGGCUGAAUUUCAUCAGGUGGAAGGUGUUAUUGCAGAUAAAGGAUUGACUUUGGGUGAUUUGAUCGGCUUCAUGAACACUUUCUUUGGAAAGAUGGGUGUUACCAAUUUACGUUUUAAACCUGCUUAUAAUCCUUAUACUGAGCCAAGUAUGGAAAUCUUUUCAUAUCAUCAAGGAUUGGGUAAAUGGGUAGAAAUUGGAAAUUCAGGAAUGUUUCGACCUGAAAUGUUGGAACCAAUGGGUUUAGACCCUGAUGUUCGUGUUAUUGCUUGGGGAUUGAGUUUAGAAAGACCUACAAUGAUAAAGUAUAAGAUUGACAAUAUAAGAGAGAACAAUCCAAUUUGUGCUUUUGAUUUACUCUAA